UUUAAAUCCCAAGAAAUGGAAGAAUUUAUACGAAAAAAUGGGAUACAGCACAUAUUUACCCCUCCAUAUCAUCCCUCUUCCAACGGACAAGUAGAGAGACAAGUGCAAACUAUAAAGAAGAGAAUCGAAAAAUUACAUCACAGCCAAGAAAAAAGUGAGGUGUUGCUCCCCAGACUUUUGUUUAGCUUACGCACAACACCUAGUAGCACUACAGGAAAAACGGCAGCAGAACUGUUGAUGGGAAGAAGACUACGUACCGUCUAUGAUCGAUUAAAUCCACACCUAUAUAAGGAGAGAAAAGAGGAAACAAGAAUACGAGAAUUCCAAAUAGGAGACAACAUCAAUUACAGAUGUUAUAGAGACGCUAAGAAGUGGAAACCAGGUAAGGUGACAAAGAAGACCGGACCAUAUACAUACAUGAUAGCCUCACCAGAAGGAACUAUAGAAAGAAGACAUAUUGAUCAACUGAUAGCUCGAAGAGAACAACCACUCCAGAACAAGCAACAUCCAGUUUGUCAAAACAACCAACAUCCAGCUCCCCAGAAUAAUCAACAUCAGGACAAAGCACCACCGGUUAGAAGGAGCUCUAGAACACGGACACUACCGGCACAUCUCCGAGACUUCAUUUUAGAGGAGGAAGAUCUGUUGUAACGUUGUGACUUAUCUGUAGUAACUUGAUCUGGGUGUCGGGUCAGGGGUGAACAUUCCCCACAUACCUUUCGGGAGUCGGGGAGAGUUCUUGGGUAGUCGUCACCCCAGUCGGUUGUAUCGAGAAGGAAUAAAGUUAGUUGUUGAUUAACUACGUGUUUUUUAUGUGCAACAAUGUCGAAAACA